AUGGUACAUACGGACAAAUAGGGGAAAGACUGAAAAAGUGCACGUUACUCACCCUUUUCUCCGCGGAGAAUUUGUCAUUCUUCUUCUCUAUCCUGGUGCCAUCUUGCCUUGUUCGGCACGUUCGAGCAUGGGUCAUGAAUCUCUUUUCUCUCAACGGCCAUCACAUUGCGAUCGUAGGUGAUCAUGUCUACCUCCCAUUCAAUCUCGAAUGAGAAUGAGGAUAGCAACAAUAUCACUCAUUCACCAACCGAAGAAGAUCAUGAGAUCGAAGAAAAGAUCAUAGAUGGUCCAAUCCCCGUCAAGGGAGAAAAAGAGGAACUUCUCUCUCCAACUGCAUUGCACAAGUUGUUACGUGAAAUUGUGGCAAGUUAUGAACAGCUACACAUCACUUGUCGACCAAUGGGAGUAGGAUUCGAUCAACUUACAGUAACAGGAACAGGUGCUGGAGUUGGUAAAAAUGCAACAAUCUUGAGCAUUCUCAUAGAGCCAUUUCGAUUCGGACAUCAUUAUCAAACAAUCACACGACCACCAAUCAAAACCAUUCUGCACAACUUUAGCGGAGUGGUCAAACCUGGUGAAAUGUGUUUGGUUUUAGGUAGACCAGGUGCAGGAUGUACAACACUACUCAAAACAUUGGCAAGUUACCGAGAUGGAUUCCGUGAAGUGAAAGGAGAGGUGCAAUAUCAAGGAUUUACACACAAAUCCGUUGAGACUCUUUUACGAGGAGAUGUAGUAUAUGUUGCAGAACAUGAUCAAAACUUUCCUACUCUAAACGUCGGUCAAACGUUGGGCUUUGCUGCUUCGGCUCGUACACCUGGUGAUAAAGUUCGUGCUGCAUUCCCAACCACCUCGAAGAAGCGAGCCUCAUACGUUGAACUCGUACGCAAUACAGUCGGCGCAGCUUUGGGAUUGCGACAUACAUUCUCUACACAAAUCGGUAAUGAGAUCCUAAGAGGUGUUUCAGGUGGUGAAUCUAGACGGGUAACACUUGGUGAGGCACUCUCGACAAGAGCACGAGUGAUGUUACUCGACAACCCCACCCGUGGUCUCGAUUCUUCAACGGCAGUAGAAGUUGUACAGGCUUUACGUACACUUACAGAUGAAACUCAAAUCUCUCUCAUCUCAAGCAUGUAUCAAGCCGGUCAAUCGCUCACAAGGAUGUUUGAAAAAGUCACUUUGCUGUACGAAGGGAGACAGAUCUACUUUGGACCCUUGUUGGAAGCACAAGAGUACUUUUAUGAGAUGGGAUACGAACCACAUCCACGUCAAACGUUGGCUGAUUUCAUGGUAGCUUUGACCGAUCCGACGGCACGUAUCGUUCGCAAAGGAUAUGAGAAUCGCGCUCCUCGUUCACCGGAUGAAUUUGUUCAGUACUGGCUUUCAUCUCCUCAAGGGCAAAGAUCACAAGAAGAGACACGACAAUACAUCACGCAAAUGCAAGAAAGAUUUACCAAAGAUGAAUCUGCAAAGACUUCCUUCUUGACUGCAGUCUACCAAGAAAGAUCCGCUCAUGCUCGCAAGACGUCUCGCUAUGUUUCUUCUUGGGCACGUCAAAUCAGUCUCGCCAUUCAAAGACGUACGCAGAUUCUCAUUGGUGAUUAUGUUGUACAAAGUGCAUCAGCCAUUUUCAUGGUCGUAGAAGCACUGAUUAUCGGAUCAGUCUUUUACCAAAUGCCUAAAACAACUGCCGGUCUUUUCAGUCGUGGUGGUGUUUUGUUCUUUGCUACACUUUUCAACUCCUUUUAUGCGCUUGUUGAAGUCACUUUGGGUUAUGCUCAACGUCCGAUCGUCAUUCGUCAAAACAGGUUUGCAUUCUUGCAUCCUGCUGCAGAUGCAUUGGCUAACACGCUUUUGGAUAUCGUCUUACGUGUGGUGAUGGUGCUAUCGUUUGCCAUUCCGCUCUACUUCCUUUCUGGGCUUUAUUACUCUGCAAGUGCAUUCUUUAUCUUCUUCUUCACGACUUUGCUCCUUACCGUCGUUUUGGUAGCAGCUUUCCGUUGCUGUGCCGCCGUGACACGAUCAGAAGCAGUUGCAACAAUGUUUGCCGGUUUAUUGAUCAUCAACUUUUCGUUAUAUGCAGGAUACGUUAUUCCUCGUCCUUCGAUGGUGAUUUGGUGGAAAUGGUUAAGUUAUUGCAAUCCAAUAUCGUUUGCUUUUGAAAUUUUAAUGACGAACGAAUUUCGUAAUUUGGAAGUUAUCCCUUGCGUUGGUGUAGUUCCAUCGGGACCUGGCUACGAGAACGUUUCUCCUGAGAAUCAAGUUUGUACAAUCACAGGAUCCGUUCCUGGUCAGACAACCAUUAAUGGAUUACGAUAUUUAAGCGUCAAUUACGGAUACGAAUAUGCUAAUCGCGGAAGAAAUGUUGGAAUCAUUAUUGGAUUCUUUAUCUUUUUCAUUUUCAUUUAUGCCUUUGCUUCUGGUUGGCAAGUUGAUCCUUCUGCAAGUGGGUCUCAGUUGGUUUAUUUGCGUGACAAGGUUCCACAACGACUAAUCGAUGAAGAAGAAGCAUUGCGAUCCAGCAACUCAGAUGUAGAAAAGGGUGAAAUCGCUCAAACACACCACAAAGAGGCGGAAACACCUACAAAUGAAGACGAUGAAGAAAUUAAACGUGCAAUUCAAGCAAGUGAUGAAAUCUUUGCGUGGACAGACAUUUGUUAUGACAUCAAUGUUGCAGGCGGAAAAUCCAAGAGAUUGCUCAAUAACGUCAGCGGAUAUGUGGCACCUGGUAAAUUGACCGCUCUUAUGGGUGCCACAGGUGCAGGAAAGACAACUCUACUCAACGUAUUGGCACAACGUGUUGAUGUUGGUGUCGUACAAGGACUUUUCGAGGUUGCCGGUAAGCCCUUGCCGAAAUCCUUCCAAGCAGAUACGGCAUACUGUCAACAACAAGAUACCCACUUGUCCACACAAACUGUUCGUGAAGCUUUGCAAUUCUCUGCUUUACUGCGUCAACCUGCAGAAAUCUCUAAAGAAGAAAAGUUGUCGUACGUCGAAAGGGUGAUCAGAAUGUUGGAAAUGGAGUCAUUCGCCGAUGCGAUCGUUGGUAUUGUGGGUAAUGGUUUGAGUGUAGAACAACGCAAACGGUUGACGAUUGGUGUUGAAUUGGCUGCCCGACCAAAAUUGCUUCUCUUCCUUGACGAACCUACUUCUGGUCUCGAUGCCCAAGCUGCUUGGAGUGUCGUCCGAUUCCUCAAGAAAGUCGCUUCAGCCGGUCAAGCAAUCUUGUGUACGAUCCAUCAACCUUCAGCGGAGUUAAUUGAUCAAUUCGAUAGGCUACUCCUGCUUCAAAGUGGUGGUAAGACUGUUUUCUUUGGGGACAUUGGACCGCAGGCUACCAAUCUGUUGCAAUACUUUAGUCAACAUGCUUCCCGCAAACCUGAUGCAGACGAAAAUCCAGCGGAAUAUAUUCUGGAUGUGAUCGGUGCUGGUGCAGCUUCUGCUGCUGAUCGUGAUGCAAGCAAGACGCUCGAUUGGCCUGAUUUGUUUUUGCAAAGUCCACAGUACACCCAACUGCGACAAGAUUUGGAUCGCAUUCGUGCCGAGCAAGGCAGUAUCCCCAGAUCGGCCGAAGAUGAAAAACGAGGAAAUCAAGAGUAUGCCACUUCUGUCUUUACACAACUCAAAAUGGUCAUUUGGCGUGCAUUUGUUCAUUAUUGGCGUUCUCCCGUUUACCUUUCUGCAAAGUUGAUGUUGAAUUUGAUUGCAGGUUUAUUCAUCGCAAGUUCAUUCUGGGCGCAAGGAUCAAAGGAGACUCUCGCUUCUUUGCAAAAUGUCUUGUUUGCCAUCUUUUUGGCUUUCGUUACCAGUGUUUCACUUGCACAACAAUUGCAGCCGGUAUUUCUCUUGUUCCGCAAUCAAUUCGAAGCCCGUGAAAAACCUUCGAAAGCGUACAGUUGGCCGGUCAUGGUUACUGCUGCUUUAUUGGUAGAGAUUCCAUGGAAUUUGCUGGGUGGAACGCUCUAUUGGAUUCCUUGGUGGUACAUGAUCGAUCUUCCAAAAGGUAGUGCAAGUACAGCAUAUGGAUGGGGUAUUAUCAUGUUGUACGAAAUCUACUUUCAAACAUUCGCGUCUGCCAUGGCUGCUUUGGCACCUGAUCCAAUGCUGGCUUCUUUGUUGUUCUCACUCUUAUUCUCGUUCGUCAUCGUUUUCUCUGGUGUUGCACAACCUGCUGCUUUGAUGCCUGCUUUCUGGCGUUAUUGGAUGUUCCCAUUGAGUCCAUUUACUCAUCUGAUCGAAGGAAUGUUGGGAGAUAUCUACAAAGACAAGCCUAUCCGAUGCUCACCCGUCGAAUUGAAUCUCAUCAACCCACCUGCCGGUCAAACAUGUGAUCAAUACUUAUCCGGCUUUUCCUCCCGAUUAGACCAAGCACCACGUGGGUCUGGUUAUUAUGAAGUUUUACCUGGUGCAAACGGAAGUGAACAAUGCGGUUAUUGUCAAUACAGAUUCGGAGAAGAUUUCUUGGCAACCGUUGGAACAAAGUCUUUCUCCUUCAAAUCUGCCGAUAGAUUCCGUGUGAUUGGAAUCGUUUUUGCUUACAUUGCUUUCAAUAUCGCUUUGGCUUAUGGAUUAUUUUAUCUUGCUAGAAUUCACAAAUGGAAAAAGCAAACCGUCAAAGCGCAACCGAGUGCUUCCGUCUCAAAAGCAGAUGAUGAAACAAAAAUCAUUGCUUCUGCUGGGAUGGCAACUUUUGGUCCGCAAAUACCCGCUACUGGCGCAAAUGCUGCUGCUCAUGCCAAUGCUUCUGCUCCCACUUCUUCAUCGUGAAUAGAUAGUAUACAUGGAAUGUCAUUGCUUAAAAUACAUUUGAUUGUG